AUGAAGGAAGUCCGGCAGGUCACCGAUUCAGCUGGGUUCACGCUGAGGAAGUGGAACUCGAACUGCCCAGAGCUGCUCAAGCGGCUCCCGAAGCACCUGAAGGACGAACGCAGCACGCUCGAGAUCGAUCCUGCGAAAACAACGGUGAAGACGCUGGGAUUACGAUGGGAGGUGUCAACCGACAUGUUCUGCUUCGUUCUCCCACAAUGGAAGUCGGAACUGUCCCCCAUCACGAAGCGCACGGUCCACUCGGACUCUGCGAUGCUCAAAAUAAUCUGCCAACAGCUGUGGAGGAUAAAGAGCGACUGGGAUGUACCGCUCGACGAAUCGCUGCAGCAGCUGUGGAGAGACUAUCGUAUGAGUUUGAUGGCGGUCGCAACGAUUAAAGUGCCGCGCUGGAUUGGGUUCAGCACCGAUUGCGUCGAGAUCCAGAUCCACGGUUUCUGUGACGCCUCAGAGCGAGCUUACGGUGCCGGCCUCUACCUCCGCUGCACUGCGCUUGACGGUUCCGUCACGUGUCGACUGUUCUUGGCCAAGUCCAAGGUAGCUCCGAUGGAGAACCUGAAGCGCAAGAAGAAAAAGUCAACAUUCCACGCUUGGAGUUGUCGUCUGCCGUUUGUUGGAAAUCGGGUCUCGGAGAUUCAGCACAUUACGAGGAACGCAAUCUGGGGACACGUGCCUGGAGAAGAGAAUCCCGCAGAUAUCAUCUCGCGAGGAAUGUCGCCGGCGCUACUACAGUACCGAACUGACUUCUACGAAGCGCCGCGCUGGGUCGUUCAAGAUCGGGAGAAUUGGCCACGAACACAACGUGUGUCCUUGGCGGACUUUGACCCAGAAAUACUGGAAGAACGUGUCACCCCAGCAUUUCCCACUCAAGUGCGACCUCCGCAUUGGUUGUUUGGACUGUGUGGCUCGUACAUGGAGUUGGUACGCUUGGUGACUUGGCUGCAAAGGUCCAAGUUCAACCUUUCACCGAAGAAUCGAGCUGUUAGGAGAGUUGGAUUCCUGACAUCCGAAGAGUUAGAAGAAGCUGUGCUGUUUUUGGUUCGACUGUCGCAAGAAGAAUGUUUCCCUGGAGAAAUGCAUUGCCUGAAGGCCGAUGGUGUGGUCCACCCAACGUCGAAGAUUGCACGCCUCAACCCACAACUGGUGGAUGGCGUCAUGCCUGUCAACGUCCACAGCCUAGCGAGACAGGUCAUCCACGAAUGCAUCAGUUGCUUCAAAAGUAAGCCGAAGGUGAUCGAGCAGAUCAUGGCGGAUCUGCCUGCUGAACGAGUGAAUCCAGCGCCGCCGUUCCUCCACGUGGGCGUGGACUACUGUGGUCCAUUCCUCGUCAGCUACCCGAAUCGCAGGGCGAAACCUGUGAAGUGCUACGUGGCCGUAUUUGUGUGUCUUGCUGUGAAGGCUGUCCAUCUGGAACUAGUCUCCGACCUGACGUCCCAGGCAUUUAUCGCAGCGUUGAGAAGGUUCGUGGCACGCCGCGGCAAACCGCUGCAGAUCAAGUGCGACAACGCCACUACGUUCGUCGGAGCGAAGAACGACCUGAUGGAGCUGCACCGGCUGUUCUACAAGCAGCAGUUCCAGGAUGUCGUCACGAAGACCGCGCUGGAAGAUGGGAUCGAGUUUAGUUUCAUUCCACCACGCUCACCGAACUUUGGCGGCCUGUGGGAGUCGCAGGUCAAGUCGUUCAAAACUCACCUGAAGAAGACAUUCGGACUGCAAGUACUCAAGAUGGACGAGAUGCUAACUGCCCUAGCGCAGAUCGAAGCUGUGCUCAACUCGAGACCGUUGACGCCGAUCAGUAACGACCCGCAGGACUUUGAAGCGCUAACGCCCGGGCAUUUCCUGAUCCAGCGUCCCCUCACGGCCAUCGCAGAGCCAGAUUUGGAAGGAGUGCCACAAAACCGCUUGGCAAUGUGGCAAAACGCGCAGCGUUUUACGCAGCAACUUUGGAAGAAGUGGAGUACGCAGUACCUGUCCAACCUCCAAAGUCGGACGAAGUGGACGAAGGAGCGAAACAACGUCGCCGUUGGUACGAUGGUGCUGAUCAAGGACGAGAACGCGCCUCCCCAGAAGUGGAAACUUGGUCGAGUACUGCACGUGUUUCGCGGAACGGACGGCAACGUGCGCGUUGUGACCGUUCGCACGGCAACCGGACGCUUCGAUCGAGCGAUCUCGAAGGUCUGCGCGCUUCCCAUUCGGGACAACCAAGAAUUAAAUCAAUCGACGUCUGAUUAA